UAAUAUAUUAGUGAAUUAUUUGCAAAACUUUACCUAUAGUGUAAGAAACGGCUUAUUUUGACACCUUAAUAUUGGUUAUGGGAGAAACAAUAAUUAUCUUUGAAAAAGUAUUAUUUAUUUUGGAAGUUGCUUUAUUAUUAUGGCUCUAAAGUUACCUGACAAAUAUUUAAGAAAUCGUUUAGUACCACAAAUUAUGCAACAUUUGCAAAGGGAAGAAUUUAUUUUCUACGAAGUAGAUCAUUCGCCAGGCUUGGAUGGUUUUAUGUCCACUAUGUACAAUAUUAAAUUGAAAACAAAAACUACAGGAGGGAUUAAGGAACGAUGGUUUAUACUAAAGAUAAUGCGUGGCGACAAAGAUUUCCGCGAAUACAGCAAAUCCUAUAUACAAUUUGCUAACGAGAUCUACGUUUACACUUCGGUCUUGGCAGCAUUUAAAGAAGUAAUGAAAGUUGCCGAAGAGUGCUCAACGAAAAUAGACGAUUUAUUACCUAAAUGUUAUGUAGCAGAGUUCGGUUAUAUUGAAGGACUAAGUUCCAACGUUAAGGAUGCAGAAUCAGUUUUGGUUUUAGAGCAUUUAAAACCCCUAAACUAUCGAAUUGGUCCCCGUUUGUAUCUUAACUUUGAACAUUUAUUAGGUAUGAGCCGUGUUUUAGGACAAUAUCAUGCCUUCUCAUAUACAUUAAGGUCUACUAAUAUUACCAAGUGGAAUGAGUUGAUUGCAGGCAUAAAACCAUUACCAUUUAUAGAUAUAAAACGUCCAGAUGAAGAUAAAAAUAAUUUCUAUCGUAUUUUAUAUCGUGUCGCGUUUGAUCGUUUUUUUGAUUAUUUGGAACGCUAUAAGGAUGACAAUAUUUUCGACAGUUCAAAUGACAAGGAUGUAAAACUGAUUGAGAAUUUGAAAAAAUUGCGAGAAAAAUAUUUUCAUGAACCUUGUGAACUAUUGGAAAAUUUGCGAACUAAAGUUCUGAUAAAUGAAGACGACAAAAAUUUUGCUGUUAUUUUACACGGCGAUUACAAUCGUAAUAAUGUUUUAUUUAAAUACAAAUAUCAAGAACAAGAAGCUUCUCUUACCGAAUUGGAGGAUAUAAAAAUGUUUGAUUUUCAAGAAUUACGUUAUGGUUCUCCGGCUUUGGAUUUAAGCUUUUUUAUGUAUUUCAAUACCCCUGAAGACAUUCGUUCAAAAAUUUGGUCUAACUUGUUGGUUUGCUAUCACACGAACAUGAUUUCAAUACUUUCCAGUAAUUUAAAGGCUCAUCAAAAGACAUCAAACGACAUUUCCAAGAUUUUAUCGUAUUAUAGUUUUGAAAACUUUCAAAAGCAUUUCGCACGUUUUGCUUUUUAUGGGGUUAUGAUUUGUUUACAUUUUUUACCGUGGAUGUUAUGCAGUGAGCAAGAAUGUGAACGCUUAUCGAAGCUGUUUGGUGUCAAUGUACAUAGUGACGAAUUUUAUCAACUUUCGUUGAAUGCCGGAGGUGACAUGGUAAAUUCCAAAUUGUUGGGUAUAGUAAGACAUGCCAGCGAAAUGGGAUAUAUGGAUUGUAUAUAGUAGAUGAAUAUAUCCAAUUGUGAUAUAUAAUUUACAAAAAAUUCCCGCAUAAAGAUUUUAAAAAGCUACAUUUAUAUUGAGGAAAAGUCGGAACUAUUUCUAAAACAGUUUUCAAAUGUGAAAAGUUUGUCGAAGUUAUUCACCAAUGUUUUGAUAGCAUAAUACGUAAAAUGUUUUAAAUGUAAUCUUUGAAAGAUUUAAACAAAUUUUUUUAGUU